AGUUCCUACACCUUAAUGAUACAUUUCGGUGCUCUGAUUGAUGCAGGUAUACUGGAGCCAAUAAAAGCUGGUAUCAGGGAUGCAAAAUUAGGAGUGGGCAAGCAAGAGCAGGACGACUUCUUCACGUCGGAGGACAAUGUUCAGAGGAAGAGGCUAAAUGUUGAACUUGAGGAGACUGAAGAGCAUGUUAAGAAGCGUGAGGUCACAGCAGAACGUGAGCAGAAAAUCCGCAGUGAGGUUAAGGAGAUACAGAAGACCUUCUUUUGCAGCCUCUGUAAUAAGCAGUACAAGCUGGCAUAUGAAUUUGAGAGUCAUCUGAGCUCAUAUGACCAUAAUCAUCGGAAGAGAUUUAAGGAAAUGAAAGAAAUGCAAAGCAGCAGCAACAGCAACCGUGAUGACAGGCAGAAACGUGAGCAACAGCGAGAAGAGAAGGAAAUGGCCAAAUUUGCCCAGCUGGCAGAUGCUCAUAGAAAGCAGCAGCAACAGAAGCAAGAACAGCCAGAGAACUCGGGAGAGAAAGUCACGUCAAAGCCUGCCGCUGGCAAUCAGGAUCAGCGUCGAACGUUGAAGUUUGGCUUCUCCAAAAUGGCCCCUUCGAAGGCUCCUGUUGGCAACGUCAGCAAGAAACCGAAGAUCGCCACGAAAGUUCCUUCAGUCUUCGGAAAUGACAGUGACGAUGAAGCAUAAUCUUCAUCUGCCCUCCCAUGAUGACACACACACACAAGGGGAAAUGUUGCUCUGUAGAUUCCUGUAAGCUAUCCCUGAGAACAUUCAGUGUAUGUAAUGUCUUGUCCAUGCCGCUGGUUUGACCAGACAUGGAUAGCGGCAUCUUCGACAAUCCCAUCAACAGACAGAAACUUCAGACGUGUAUCAACGUCAGCAUACACUGUAACAGGCGACUCUGUUUGUACUUUCAUGCCAGAGUUUGGAAAUCGCUUGGUACA